CUUCGCUCCACCUCACCGCACAGCUGAUCAAAUGUCAAGAAAAUGGAGUUUUGUUACGCAUUUAUAAUUUCAGAUUAGGAAAAGUUACAAUAUGAAAUCCAAUAACAUUUCGUAUACAAGCUGCCUGGGUUAGAAUGGAUAGUACUGCUCCAUUUCAACCUUGGACCGCUGAUGAUAGUGCUAAAAAUGUGAAAACCGAGAGAGAACUAGCGGAUGACGCGAAACUUCAUAGAGAAAAUGUCAAUCCAAAACAUACGCAAUCUGCGUCUUACGAUAAAGAUAGUGUCGUCGCUCCCAGCAUCGUUCCAGGGUCGUCGGGAGACUCGGGGCCCGGCGCGGAGCCCACGCGCCCCAAAGACUCCAAAAUGGAUUCAGCCAAAGUCGCGUCUAUGCAACAAAUUGUCGAAAACACCCUAAGCCAAGAAGGCAGACAAAGAGUGGCACAGUUGUUAGAAGCGGUGGAAGCACUGACUGGUGCAGAAAGGCUGCUACUCUAUCUUCGGUUGCCGACUGGAGUGCCUCCGCAUGACCCUUUGAAACAGCCUGUCAAUCCUUUAGGCUCCCGAGCGGAACUUCAACAAACGGUGACAUGGAUACAAACUCAUUUGGAAGUCGAUCCCGACGUCUCCUUGCCCAAACAAGAUGUUUAUGAUGAAUACAUAGCGCAUUGUAUGAGCAGCAAUAUGAAGCCGCUGUCGACGGCGGACUUCGGCAAAGUGAUGAAGCAAGUGUAUCCGACCGUACGCCCACGUAGACUUGGCACCCGUGGCAAUUCUAGAUAUUGCUAUGCUGGUCUGCGUAAGAAAGUCAAACUGGAAGUACCACAGCUUCCUGAUUUAGGUGUCGAAUCUUCCAAGGAUGUCUGCUCUCCACCGAGGGAAUCUGAAAGGGUGGUGUGUGAAUGGGCUGAAUCUAAGCUGGGUUUGAAGUUCGCAAGUGUGGCGGAGCUGUCGCGGCACCUAAUUUCCUUAAGCGUGACACGAGCACCACCUGGUCCGGCUAGCGCUUCGCCGCCGCCGCUGCCGCAGCCACACGGUGAGUGUUAUAACGGAGACGAUGCAACCGGUCGGCAGUUGAUGAAGCAACUUAAGCGAAAGAUCACCCAACAGACGCACGGCACAGCCGGCCGACCUAAAAAGAACAAGAGUCAGGACGUUCCCGGGAUGGCGGGCGAGUCGCCGCCGUCGACGUCCUACGUGAGCCACCACACGCCCGUGAAGCACGAGAGCGAGCAGGGCGGCGAGGGCUACUAUCAGCCGUCGUACGUGCCGUACGACGUGCGUCCGUCGUUCUUCGUGGCGCCGCCCCGCGCGCACCCUCCGCUCGCGCCGCACCCCCCGCACCCGCCGCACUCGCUGCCUCCCGAGUACCGCCCCGAGCCGUAUUCCUUCGAGCCGGCGUACGCGCCGCGCGAUCUCACCCUGCCCGCAGCGGACGCGCACCACAACCUCCCCAUCAACCUAAGCUCCGACUCGUCGCUAGACCUGUCCACGGAGCGCGCCGAUUGGCAGCGACGCCGCCCACCCGAGCCGCCGCCGCACGUACAGCCUCACCCGCCGCAGUCGCUCCACCAGCAGCACCCUCAAUCGCAUCCCCACCCCCACCAACAGCCGCAUCCACCGCCGCUACACCAGCAGCCUCACCCGCAUCAACAGCAGCAGCACCCGCAGCAGCAGCAGCACCCGCACCAGCAGCAGCACCCGCACCAGCAGCAGCACCCGCACCAGCAGCAGCACCCGCAACAGACGCCGCCGCAUUCGCUGCAUCACCCGCGCCAGCCCCUCCCCGGCAAAAAGUUGAUCCUGGAGACGUACCAAAGCGAGACGCAAGGCGGCUCCCCGCGCGCGGCGCAGACGCAGCCGGAGCCCCGCGGCGGGCCGCACGUAACCGAGGACUUCCCGCGUACCGAGUACCUGCCGAAGAAAAUGCGAGCCGCAGAGAUCCUAGGUGGCAAACAUGCGGCGACGCGACACACCCUGGCCGCCGCCGCCGCCGAACCCUCCGGCUCCAGUGGUUCUACCAUCGCAUCCGCCUCGGCCUCCGGCGCCGCGAAACCACCUGUUCGUUCCGAGGUUGCUUUUUUAGAGGAUCCAAAAAACUUACCGAACCGGUCCAAAAGCACCGCCGCGGCGCUGGCCCGGGAGGAACAGGAGGCGGCGAGUCCGACACAAUCGGUGAAGGCUCCGACGCCUAAGUCCGAUCGCACCAAACUACGGAAAAUUUGCGGCCGAGUGAGGGGGCCGUCGCCGGACCGCGUGGAGUCCCCCGACCGGCCCGACUCCCCGGGGUCGUGUUGCGGCAUCGACGGGAUCAAUAUUAAGACGGGGAUGAUCUGCGAGGAGAAGCACUCGGAGAUACUCAACAGAGAGCGGGUCAUUAGUAUCUGCAACAUCGACAAGCACGACUUGGACGAUUACCUCAACGAGGGGAACAGCCAGGAACACGAGGAGGAGCUCUUGAGAUACUUCCAUCAGCGAGAGGCGGAAAACGAAGGGAACGCAACUGUCAACCCUUCCGAUGCUGCUACUUUUUUAGAAAGAGGCCAGGACCCACAAGAUGAACAUAGUCAGGGUAAAAAUGAAAAAAUAUCUCAGUUACGGGAAUUACUAGCAAAGAAUUUGAAAAACCAGAGUGGGUCUAGUACGCAAAAUUUGCCGCUAACUCAAGAUGUACCUUUGGACAAUUUUCAUGAACAACAGAUUCCCAAGGCUAGUGAAGGUGCUUUUAAGCCGGUCGUAGCUCCAAACGUGGCUGAAGUAAUGAACGGACAAAGUCUUUCUAAUCAAAUUGAAAUUAAUAGCAGUAAGCACAGUGCAUCGACGACCGAUGAGAAUGGUCCAACUUUGCCAUACGUAAAUCCUAGCGCGUCCACCAUAAUUGCGACUAGUAUUGCCGAGACUCACGUUUACAACGGGAAUUGUCACACCGAACCGCAGAGUCCGACGACCAGAACUCAGCAAUAUGACUUUGUGCCCAUUUCCGACGGAUGCCACUCGCCUGCGAAUUUCAACUCUAAAUCGCCUUUAGGGUUCGGACAAAGAGGACUUAGUCCGACAAAAAUUAAUAAACCAGUUAUAAUGGGUGGCUCGUUGCAGACUUCGCCAAUCUCACACAGCACUGCAGCGAGUCCGUUCGUGAGUCCUAGAAACACGCCAUUCCCACGAUCACGCUUGUGCCCUCGUCCUAUACCCAAGCACAAUAACCGGAAAAGACGUAACCCUCUCUCACUGGGCGUCGCCGAUCCGAACACGAAGCAAUUCGUGAUGCCAAAUGACCAAAAAUGUAUGCCCAAAUCUUCUAUAUGUGGAACAACGCUGAAAUAUUGUCAACCGAUGUCCGCACCGCCAUCGCCCAAUAUAAUAUCAUCACAGUAUAAAAGCCAAAUGUUUCAAUGCACUGUUGCUGGAAUUCCAAAUGGAUCUAACAAUAUGUGCUUGAACUUCUUGCCCAAUGUACCAUUCCAGGAUAAUGGCAACGGGGAGCUCGCACAACCAUUGUCGGCUGAUCCGCUGUCGAGCGAGGUGAGCCAGUUUUUCCAAGAGUCGAUGGUCGUAUACAGGCCUGGUCACGACACCUCGUUUAGGUCUCAAUCUGUGCCACUGAAACAAGCCAUGAACAACAUGGGAAUGUUAAGUUAUGCUAACACUCCGGUAGGAUCGGUGCCACCGACACCGGUGCCUAACGAAUUUUGCGACUUCGGUUCCCUCGCCGACACCUGCGACAUAUCCAAAGCCGGGUUAAACCCCGAAACACUCGAUAAAAUUUAUGAUGCCAUAGACAGCAGCACUGACGUACUUAAUUCUAGUGAAGCGCAAAAUCUUUUAAACUCGAACGACACUUUAAGUAACGGAUGUGACCAGCAACCCAUUCUUACUGACGAACAAUUUAAUUCCCUAAUACCGACCGACGCUGGUGAGCUACUGGACAGAAGCAAUCAGUUCAAUCAGCCUUUUGUCAAUGACAGCGCUACCACUGACAAUGUCGACGAUUUUCUGAAGCGUACCAAUAGUAUCGAGUUUGACCUGUCCGAAUUAGUUACUGAGAAAAAUAAGUACUACAUGUCACGCUCUGUGCCCAGCACGCCGUUGCCGUACAAACGCACCGCGCCCAAUUUGCAAAUAGACUCUCGACGCUCGCGGGAACUGUUUACUGCGGAAAGUUACUCGAACGUAUCGAAUGGAAUUUCUUCGAAAUCUGUGCCAUCUACACCUCAACUGGCUGAGGAGCGUAGCGUGUUUAGUUAUAGCAAUAGAGAUUUCCUUAUCAAUGGUAACUCAGUGGAAGUUUGCAACUCUGCACAGCUGCAGGGGGCGGGGGUUGUCGACAGCGACCAAGGAUUGACCUCUCCUCUUCACGACAUGUUGCGCGAUGGCAUGUUGGACCCUCUGACGCCCGCGGCCGACUUGCUAGCCGAUCUCGACAAAAUGGAUGGAACUCCUUAUGUUGACCUCUAGUCAGCUAUUCUAUUGAAAUCACCCCUGUAAAUAGUUGUAAUGUUAGUUUUGUUUCAUUAUGUUUGUACAGAUGCCGAAGUAUUGGAUAUCUUGCUGAGUACAAUAUUAUACGUAUACCUUCAAUGAAGGUGAAAGUAAGUACUUCACGCCUACCUGGAUAUUGACGUACGGGUCGCGCUCUCCCAAAAAUUGAGUCAAUACAAUGCACCACAAUAUUGUGAUAAGCAUAUUUUUAAUCAAUUACUAGAAAAUAAGCAAGCUAAAACUCGUAAGUACUCCUACUUCACAUUAUAUUGCAUAUUCAAGGAACCGUUUGCCACAGAUGCAAUGUCACCACAACGCCUUAUGAAAUAAAAAAUCUUUUUUUUUACAGAAAAGAAAUCAAUAUUUCCAUGAACAGUUAUGAAUCACCUCCGCCUCGAAAAUAUAGCGGAUUACUCAUUAAUCUACCUAAUUACGGUUUUUACCAAAUCGAAUAUAUUACUACAUAUUUUCCAAAGUCAUAGUCCUUUACUGUUCGCUCAAUAACUGCCGCUCAACUUGAUCGGUAAACAUCGUGAGUAAACGUAUAGUUUGAAAUCAUAGUACAUAGUGUGAGCUUCAUGACAAUAUCUGCGUAAUACACAGGCGUCUCUUAAUCUAAAUAGACAUCUAAGACUUGAUAUUCAUUUUGUACGACGACUAAAGUUGUGUAAGUGUGACUCGCAUCAUUUGCAUCUGAACACCCCUGCACCGACAAGUUAGUACUGACUGUAGCUAUCAUGGUAUUUGACCAGACCAAUACCUCGUGCCAAGCACGAUUAGUUAAAUUAGAUUGGUUUACUUGAGAAACUGAUACAUUGAGUAGUUUAUAGUUUAUGAAAAUGAAUUUAUUGUAAGUUAGCACAAAGAUUUAAUAUAUUUUAUUAUCAAAUAGGAAUUUUAAUGAUAUACUAAAUUUACAAAUUUUACCGCAUCAAAUGCGGAAACGGGAAAUUUUAAAUCUGCCAAUGUGGCUGCAGUGAGCUUAAAAGUAACAAAAAGAUUAGAUUCAUUGGAUAAAUGAAUUUCAGAAGAGGUCGGCCUUAGUAUCCACAGGCACUUGUAUUUUCACUGUUUGCAACACGCUCAUAAUGAGUUUAAACAGUCUUAAUUAUGAUUAGUAAUCAUUGACACAUUAAUUCGCACUUUCAAACUCAGGCCGACCUCUGGCGUAAGUGGUCCAAAGGACUAACCAGUAUGUGACUGUUGGUACGGCCUAAACAAAUUAUUAUGUGUUUUUGGUUAGUGCUUUUAGUAUUAUUGUUUUAAAACUCUCAAAAUUCUUCAUUUAUCUUCAAACUGUGCCUGAAUGACAAUCUAUACUUAACGUCUUUUGAAGAAAGCUUAAAGAGGUUGGUUUGUUAUUGCGCUAGUACAAAUAACACACUGGUUCGACAGGGAUAUACCUAUUUGUAAGUGAAACCGAAGACUGUUAUAAACUUUGUAGAUAUUUUGAACACGAAGUCAUUGAUCACUUUGUCUCGAUGAAUAGGUAUACAAUGGGUACACAACGAAGAACCUCAGUGAUCGACAGUUUUUAUUCCAAUUUGGUACAACUUACCAAAAUCGUCUAGUA